UUAUCUAUACUAUACUCUAAAAUUAUUUCGAAUUUGUUAAUAUUCAUCUCACAUUAACAUGUUAAUAGUAUCGUUUCUUUAAAUUGAAUUUAGUAACACGUAAUUUUAGUAAACAUAAUUUCUUUCAUAAAAUAUUAGAAAUAAUUAUUAUUUGUAGACAUAAACUUUUAAAACUGAAAUAAAAGAAAACAUAAAAUAUAAUGGGGAUUUUUAAAGCAGUUAAAUGCUUAGCUGAUGAUUGGGCAAUUACUAAUUGUGCUAUAGUAAAUGAUGAGGAUUUUCGAAAUGAUACUAAGUACAUUGAAAUUCAACACCAAACUAAACCUGAUAUCAAAUUUUGGUUUACAAUAGCUUUUGUUAAAAAUCCUCCUCCUCGAGGGUGCAUAGCAUUUUCUUUAAAUCAACGAGAGUGGGCGCAACUAUCUAUUAAUCAAGCAAUUAAUGUUCUGUCUAGUCACCCAGCUAAUGUUCAAUUAGAUUUAAUAUGUACUAUUGUAGUCGAAAUUGACUAUAUACAAAAAAAGGGAAAAAACAAUGAGCAAUUUGAUACAGAUAUGAUGGCAAAAGAGUUUCUUGUACUUUUUUCAAAUCAUAUUUUGUCAUUAUCACAAACUUUACUUUUUCCACUUCCAGAAAAACCAUUAAUGUCGCUAGUUGUUAAGAGUCUUGAAGGGGUAAAUUAUAAAGAAAUAAAUUCUGGCGCUAAACCUCGUUUGUUACAAUAUGGAAAAUUUUUAAGUAAUACUGUAGUACAAUUUGUUGUUAAUUCAAAUGUUCCAAUCAUGCUUGUUGGAAAAGCAAAAAGCCAGUUAGCACGUGUAUCUAUAAUUAAUCCUGAUUUUGAUUUUAAUGAAAUGGGAAUUGGUGGUCUAGAUAGUGAAUUUAAUGCAAUAUUUAGAAGAGCAUUUGCUUCCCGAGUAUUUCCUGCAGAGAUUAUUCAGAAAUUAGGAUGCAAACACGUCAAAGGUAUUUUGCUAUAUGGACCUCCUGGAACUGGUAAAACAUUGAUGGCAAGGCAAAUUGGUAAAAUGCUCAAUGCCCAUGAGCCUAAAAUUGUUAAUGGCCCUCAGAUUUUGGAUAAAUAUGUUGGUGAAUCUGAAGCAAAUAUUAGAAGACUUUUUGCUGAUGCUGAAGAGGAAGAAAAAAGGUGUGGAUCAGGAAGUUCUCUACAUAUUAUUAUUUUUGAUGAAAUUGAUGCCAUUUGUAAAGCAAGAGGAUCUGUUGGUGGAAAUACUGGGGUUCAUGACACUGUUGUAAAUCAAUUAUUAGCUAAAAUUGAUGGUGUUGAACAACUCAAUAAUAUAUUGGUCAUAGGAAUGACAAAUAGAAGAGAUAUGAUUGAUGAAGCAUUGUUAAGACCUGGUCGUUUAGAAGUACAAAUGGAAAUCAGUUUACCUGAUGAGCAUGGACGUUAUCAAAUUUUGAACAUUCACACAUCACGUAUGAAAGAAUUUAAGAAAAUGGCUACAGAUGUUGAUAUGAAAGAACUCUCAGUUUUGACAAAGAAUUUCAGUGGUGCUGAACUUGAAGGAUUAGUUCGUGCUGCUCAAUCAACUGCAAUGAACCGUUUAAUAAAAGCUGGAAAUAAAGUGGAAGUUGAUCCUGAAGCAUCUGAAAAACUUCAAGUUUGUCGAGAUGAUUUUUUGCAUGCCUUAGAACAUGAUAUAAAACCUGCAUUUGGUGCCAGUGCUGAAGCUUUAGAACAUUUCCUAGCAAGAGGAAUAAUAAACUGGGGAUCUACUGUAACAAAUAUAUUAGAAGAUGGGGAAUUACUUACUCAACAAGCACGUGCUCUCGACACUUUUGGUCUUGUAUCUGUUCUUAUUGAAGGACCUCCAAAUUCCGGAAAAACUGCAUUAGCUGCUAAACUUGCUAAAAAUUCAGACUUUCCAUUUGUUAAAGUAUGUUCACCAGAAGACAUGGUUGGAUUUACUGAAAAUGCUAAAUGCAUGCAAAUAAGAAAGAUCUUUGAUGAUGCUUACAGAUCUCAACUUAGUUGUAUUUUGGUUGAUAAUAUUGAACGUUUGUUGGAUUAUGGCCCAAUAGGUCCUAGGUAUUCUAAUUUAACUUUACAAGCAUUGCUUGUUUUGCUAAAAAAACAACCACCCAAAGGUAAAAAGUUACUAGUGCUAUGUACUAGUAGUCGUAAAGAAGUACUACAAGAAAUGGAGAUGCUUUCUGCUUUUACUGCUAUUCUUCAUGUUCCAAAUCUCAGUAAACCAGAAGAACUUAUAACUGUUUUGAAACAAUUUGAUUUAUUUAAUGAACAAGAUAUCCAUAAAAUAUAUAACCAAGUAACUGGUCAUAGAGUAUUUAUUGGUAUUAAAAAAUUAUUGGCUCUCAUUGAUAUGGUACGACAAACAGAACCUAGACAACGGGUAGUCAAAUUUUUGACCAAAAUGGAAGAAGAAGGAUGUUUAGAUUUAGGCACAAUGAUCCAUUAAUUUUAUUAAUAUUUUAAUAAUAUUAAAUAAGGAAAACAUUCCAAAUGAAUAGAGUCAUAAAUGCAAUUGUUGUUUUUUGAAAAAUUACUUAUUAUUAACUUUUUCAACAUAUUUUUGCUUUUUUUAAAACAAAGUAGAUGUAUAUAACAGUAUUACUGAACUCUUGAAAAUAUGGUCAUUGUUUUUUUACAUUAUUAUUUUUGUUAUAUUUUAUAACUUGAGUAAUUUUUUGAUUGUUUAAAAAGUUUUUUUAAUGUACUAUUAAUAUUUGUUAAUUUUUUUUAUUAGUUGUAUCGUUUUUGUUACCAUAUCAUACAUUUCAAAUCAUUAUAUUAUAAUAGUGAUUUUAAGGCUUAUCAUGAUCUUUAAAAAAUCUGGUUUGAUUUCGAUUUGUGAAAAACACAUUUAUUUAUUUGGUAUAAUUCAAAUUAAAAUAAAAAUGCAAAACUCAUUGUAUACUAGCUGAAAAGUUACUUAUAAGCUUCCUUUUAAUUGAUUGUGUAAUUUUUUUUAUUAUUUUAAUAUUUUUUUCCUUUAUUCAGUCAGUUAAAUUAUUGAACUGGUAUUCCGUAUAAAACUCAAUUUUUAUGGUACUUUUUUUUUAUGUAACAUUUUGAAAUAAAUUUUAAAUACUAUUGUACUAAUCAUUAUUUAAAUUUACUAAAUAUCUAAGAAUUCAUUAAAGAUUGUCCAAGUAAAUUUAUUUAAUAUAUAUCGAUAUGUUCAACAAAUAAGGCAGUAACUCACUUUUUAUUACUUUUCAGAAGAUCAAAAAUAAAAUUUAUUCUCUAAUUACACUAUAUUUUUAUCAAUUUUCUAAGUAGUUUAAUUCCGAUUCAAACCAAAAUUACGAUAUUUUGAUGAAAAUUAUUAUAAGAAGAGUAAAACUUAAAUCUAAAUACCUCAUAAUCUCAAAGUUGAAUUUUUUGAGUUACUUCCUUAUUUGUUGCGUAUGGCGAUAUAUAUAUAAUUAUAUGUAGUAAUGUACUUAGGAUUUUUCAAUUGGUACCAAAAUAUUUUUUGAUGACCUUUUUAAUUUGGCGAUUUUUUGUCUAAAGAAUGGAAUUAAAUACUUGGUACUUUUAGCUCGCCUUUUGUCAUAUAGAUUAUUUGUUGUAGUAAAAAUAUUAUGACUAGGAUUUUUUUAGCACCUAAAUUAAUUCAUUACAUUUUAAAUGUGUGUUAUUUUAGAGAUAUUACAGAAUAUUACUAAUAUCAUUAAAAUUAUAUUGUUUUGACUGGAAUAUAUGUAUUUCGAUGUUUUGUUUGUUAGUAUUAUUAUAUUAAAAAUUUAUUGUAAAAGUAUUUAAAUUAGAUGAAAAAUAUUACUUAAUACGAGAUUAUUUUAAUGACUUAUGGGAUUACUUCAUUAAGUCUUAUUUCGUAUAAUAUGGAAUGUGAUUUAUUAAAAAUACCCUAAUUCUUGUAUUAAACAGUGAUUUUUUCAUAAAAAUGUUCAUAGUUUUUUUAAAGCAUAAGUAACAAGUUUAUAAUAUGAAUAACUAUUUCUAGGAAUAACUUUCGAAAGUUAUGCAGGAACCUAUAAUUAUUUUUUUACUAUUACAUAAAAAAUAGACUAAGUAAUAUUUUAACUGGCCAGUAAACAAUUUUGAAGUAUUAAUUAUUAAGUUUUUAUAAUUUUUAAGGCGAGAGGGUUGUGCAACAUAGUAUUAUCACAGAUAAGAUAAAGCUUUAUCUUAUCUUUGGUACUAGCAAUAUUGUAUUAUAGUAAAAAUAAAACGUUGCGAAAUCCCCCUAGCUACCUAAAACUUUAAAUGCUUAUAUCUCAAAAAAUAAUAUUACAAAACAGGUAAAUGACCAGUCAAAGUUAUAUUCAGUCCAUACUUCAUUUUGUUUUGUAAAAAUGAUUAAAGAUUCCCAUUUUGAAAGUUACCCCAAAACUUACCCUUAGGAAUAAUCUUUUCAUGUGAUUUUUGAAACUUAAUAUUUACCAUUGCUUAUAAAAUAAAUUAAAUUUGUACAUUAUUAUGAAAAAAUUAUUAAUUAACGAAAAAGUAAUAGAUAUUAUUCUUAAUGAAUCACAUUGUAUACUAAAUAAUUGUAGCUCAUUUAAACGAGUUAAUUAUUGAUCUAUUAAAGAUUAAGCUAUUUUGUAUUCGUUAUUUUUAAUAGAAGCUUUUCUAACUGAACUCUUAAGUAUU